ACAGUAAUAACAGACUCAAGGAACAUAUGGUCGAAGCUUCAUAUGUACGUGGUACUCAUUUAAAAUUCAUUAAGCUUUAUUAUUCCUGAAUGGAAGGGACUUUUAAAGAAUUACAAGUGAAAAACAAACUUUUAUUGUUGGACAUAUAAAUAAAUAUUGUCUGCUGAUUUCAUAGGUAUAUUGAGUGUGCGUGUGUGUUUGUAAAACAAAGUGUUGUUCCGAUAUUUACACACGUAAGAUUGAAAUUGUUUACUGAAAUGCCAUUGAUAACUAGCCAUGUGAAAGUGUUGCAAACAAUCAAAGCCCACACGAGCGACAUAAAUUGUAUCGAAUUUUGGGGAAAUCAUUUAUUAUUCACUGGUUCAAGUGAUAAAACAGUUCGAGUAUGGCGUUGGAAUGUGGGAAAAGGCUUCGUCGAAGAAGUAUUUUCUCCACUGCUGGGUCAUAAGUAUGGAGUGACGUGUGUGAGAGUAUCACCACAGGGAGGCGUUUUAGCAUCUGCAUCGGUUGAUGGAACAGUAAUCUUGUGGGACGUAAAUGAUGGUAGUAAGACUAACGUAUUAUCUCAGGAAAAUGGCGAGUCAAUUAGACAGUGCGCGUUCAGCCCUGAUGGAUCUACAAUCGUAUCAAGCGAUGACAGUGGUACCGUUUGUAUCUGGGGACAGAAUAAAAAUAUUGUCAGGCUGAUUCGAUGUCAUGAGGAAGCAGUCCAUGCUAUUAGCUUUUCCCCAGAUUCCAACAUUUUGCUCACCGGCUGUACGUUGGGUAACAUUCGUAUGCACUAUGCAGAUGUUGGUAAUGAAAACAUGGCAGUGAUAAACGAUGCAUCGUGUUAUAUAGAUAGUGCCCAUGAUUUAGGGGUUCUAUCUGCCGAUUUCUGUAAAUUUAUUCACAUUGACCCAUCGGAUAACAAGACGUCCAUUUACACGGUAGCUACUUGUGGGACUGAUCAUUUAAUCAAAAUUUGGAGAAUAUUUUGUUUAGUUGAUGCUGUUCACAUGGGAAGUAAGACUCGAUUAGUGCCGUCUACUCCUCAGGAGCAUGAAUGCGGAAAUUCUGUGAUCCUUAGCACAGAAACUAUGAACGCUGAAUGUGUUAUGGUCAUACCUGCACAUGGUAGCUCAGUAAAUUGCGUAAGGUACAAUCGUCUGGGUACAAUGCUUGUAUCAGCCAGUUUGGACAAAACGUUAAAAUUAUGGGACAUUCAGGGAAAUUGUCUAAAGACACUAGCUGAACACUCACGUUAUGUGAAUACGGUGUCAUGUAAUUCCGAUUCAACAAUAAUCGCAUCCGGUUCCAAUGACCGUACGGUCAUCAUUUGGGAUCUAACCGGCAAACAUUCAUUGGAUUCGAAUAUGAUUGAAGCGAGUUCGGCUCUAUUCAGCCUAGCAUCGAAUCUUGUCGAUAUACCUCUAGAAUUCAUUUGUCCGAUUACUCAUGAAAUGAUGGGAAAUCCAGUUGUGGCUGCAGAUGCUUUCACGUACGAGAAAUCUGCCAUAAUAGAAUGGUUCGACCGUGGCAACAAUACAUCACCAAUGACGAAUGUUGAGUUGUCUUCGACCGAUUUGUCGGAAAAUGAUGAUUUGAAGGGAAGAAUCGAAGAAUACUUAAAGUCGAUGGAUUUUGGUAGUUUUUCUGCACCGGAUCUACUGAAUUUAUAAACAACAAUCGCCGGUUAACAUUUGGUUUGUCUAUGUGAUAACAGGUUCACAAAUGGAAAAAAAUUUUUUCUUCUUUUGGUUGAAUUUAAUGCACCUAAAGCAGUGAAGUAUAUUUGUGGUGUUGAAUAAAUUAGAGAUGAAACGGUGACGGUCUUCUUUUAUCAUUUUUUUUUUAUUUGAAAAAUUUUACAAUAUUUAUCUGAAUAGCCGAGUUUGGCUGCUUUCCUUACCUCUCGGGUGAGAUCAACUCAUCAUUCAUCUUUUUUCUUCAGUUAUUGUGCCUAAUUACUAAUUACCCAAUCUGCAAAUAUAUUUCAUGUGCACAUAUCGUAAAAACAUUUUUUCGUUCGUUCGUUUAAAA